UUUCUGUCAGGCUUAAUGAUACCCACAGAAGAAUUUGAAGAAAUCACACUUCAUAAAUACCAAAGUGAAUAACAUCAAAUUUCACGAAUGAUCUAGAAUUUAAACAACAAGUUAGAUUAUAUUAUAAAUUAAGUGCACCCAAUACUCAAGUAUAAAACAAAUCCCCAGAUAUAGAAACAAAUUUAAAUAAAAGUGGUGGUGAUGAUUCAGAUGUUCAUUUACAAUGCUAUGAGGCUCCUGGAUUAAAAAAAUAAUAAAGUGACAUGACUUAUGAUUUGAGAAGAAAAUAACUUAAAUCUAAUGCCCCAAAAUAAAGUAAGUAUCAAUUGAAUAACCUACAAAAAUUGGGAUUGAAUUCUUUGCUAUAAUAAAAUGGAAAGGCAUAAUAGAAAGGUUAAUCCAAGGAUCAAAAUGACGAUUAAAUUUCUAUUAUUAAAUUCGAUGAUCAACAAGAGGAAUUAAAGGGGAUUAUGUAAUUAAAAAUUCUAAAUUAAGGCAUUAAUUAGAUGAAAUAGAUAUUAAAAUUGAAGCCUAACGAAAAUUACAAUAAGACUUUUAUUUACAUGUUAAUCAAAUCGAUCAACUUAGGUAGACUUCACAGUCACCUCAUGUUUAAUAGGAAGAGAAAAAAUAAGAUUAUUUUUUGGCAUGUCUAAUCUGCGGAUUUAACAAUAAACGACUAGAAAAACUACUUGGAUGCGAGCACCAAUUUUGUUCGUAAUAUUAAUUUAACUUUAUAGAGUUUGCUACAUGAUGUAUUUAAAUGAAAGAAUUAGAAAUGCAUAAGUUAAUAAUAUUCCUUGUCCGCAGCAAGGUUGUAGGGAAAUAUUCCAAGAUUCUGUAGUUCAACACUCAGUUACCACAGAAAUGUUUAAAAAAUUUUUGAAUUUUAAAUAUAAAAACGAGAUUCAGAAGGAUUCAAAUAAAAAAUGGUGUCCAGUACCAGAUUGUUAAUAUUAUGUAGAAAGAAAUCCGCGUUCAAACAUUACUUAAUGUAAAUGUGGAGCUUAAGUUUGCUUUAAUUGUGGCAGGCUUGCUCAUUAGAAUACACGAUGUGAGGUUGAUUUUAUUUAAUUAAAAGUAGAAUUACUAAGAUCUGCAGUUUUAAUAUGCAUAAGAUGCCUACAAUAUUAAAAAUUGUCCUGAUUGUAAUUCUCCUGUUGAAAAAAAUUAAGGGUGCAAUCAUAUGACAUGUAGAUGUGGCUACGAGUAUUGUUGGGUUUGUAUGUAACACUAUCAUGCAUAUCAUUACAAAUAUUGGUCUAUCAGAGGAUGUGCAAGUAAAUAUACAGAAAUAUUAAAGUAUGGAACGAUGGAAUAUUCAAAACAAGAAAAGUGAUAGAGCACACUGAUCUAAGGAGGUGGGUUUUUUUUUUCCCUCGUCUUAUCCUUUUUCUUUUGAGAGGACCCUGGCUAUUACUAAAACUGUUAUUUAGAGCAUCUAAAAAAGCUGUAUCUCAACCUUUUAUGAAAUUGAAUAAGAAAUUCAGUCGUGCAAGACACCCAAGAUCUAGGUAUAUAAUGUGUAUUAUUUGCUCUUAGGUGUGGCAAAAGAGUAUAUUUCAUAUGGGGUGAGUUUUGGAUUGUGAUACUUGUGAUCAUUAUCUUCCCCUUUUACUUUUUAUUUAGAAUGAUAAUAGAAUUAAAAAAGUUAAUAAUAGAUGGAUGUGGUUAUUGA